UGAAUUGACUUGAGAGAGUUAGUGGAGGGGGCAGUGACUGAAAACAUGGGAGAUUGAGGGGAGGCAUCCGAUUCGGCCUACUCUCCAAUCUCCAUUCAGAGGGUAACAUGUCAUCGCAUGCGAGGCUUUCCAAAGCCAAAAUUUCCAUGUCCACAUAUAUUAUCCUAUAAAUGCCAUUUCCAGUUACCUCACCCUUUCUUUCCACCUUUUCUAAACCCUAGAUUGAACCAUACUCUCUCUCCGCUUUCUCGCUCCAAUUAUCGCAUAUCCGCCGCUGGAUGCCUCGCGGAGCUCCUCUCGCUGCCUCCAUCAGUGAGGAAUCUCCAUCCCCACGGUUUCGUCUCGUUUCGCCGUGGAGUAAAUGGCGAUGAGCUGCCCGAAAGAAAAGUGACUCCUCUUUAUCCUAUACAUAGCUCGAUUGGAGGGCAUGCUUACUAGUGGUAGUAUUAUGCUGGUUUUGCGGGAUGGAAGUAAUUCUUGUAGAGGAGAGCAAUUAUAGAAGGGAGCAUAUUCUUAUAUCCCAGCCUAGCCCUUCACUAAUAGAACCGAGACUCAUUGAGCAUGCUAAGACUGAUGGUGUUCAAGGGACAGAAACUUGUGACCAUUUUUCCAUUCGUGGAUAUGUUGCUGAGAUUCGUAAGACAGACCCAAAGACAUGUUGGCCAUUCUCUAUGUUUCAUGACCAAGCAUCAGAUAAACAUAUCAGCCUCCUACCUCCUCUACCUGUGACUAAAUUUAAAUGUUGGGAUUGCCAAAACUGUUGGCGUAAAGCUAAUAAUUGUGCCACAACAAGAGCAACUGAAGCUCCUUCUAAUAUUCAGGAUAUUGAAGCAAAAAAUGGCACUUAUUUUCUUAGAAACACCUUCAUAUCCUUUCAUGCUAAUGACAAAGAGUUGCUUCCUGGCUUUCAUCAACUAUGUGAAGAGAAAAUUGUAGAUGAUAGACUAAUUGAAGCAGGUAGUUCUGUUAAUGUGACUAAAGGUGAAUGUCACCCAUCAGCAAAUUGUGGCAAGAAUAUGAACAACUAUGUAAUUACAGGUGCAGAUACAGAAGGUUUGCAAGCAGCCAAAGCUAGCCAAGGUAGGUGUGAACUGAUCCAGAAUCUAUCAAGUGACAAGCCUACAUACAUCGUAACACAAGGUGAAGCAUGCCACAUGGAAGGAAGAGAAGAACAAAAUGUGAUAUCAACAGCAAACACUUUUGAGGCUUCGUAUUGUGAGGACAUGGUAAAUGCUAAAUCAAAGGAGACUGAAGUAGUCAGUGAAAGUACUGAUGUCAGGAUGGUUGCUGGUCCUUCAUUUAUUGAUGGUAUAUCAUUUGGGGAGAAAGAUGAACAAUUGGUUAGGGAAAUGGUCAAGACAAAAGAACAAUGUAAGAAAGCAGCCAGAGAAACUGAGGUGCCACUGGGAAACAAUAUUGGUAUUCCAGAAGUUGAUUAUCAAAUUGUUGUUGCAGCUCAUGUCUCUGAACUGGACUCCAAGGGGUUAGAUGAAAGUGACAAUGAAACAUCUGACAAUAAUGUGGCCAAGCCAGUGGUCGCAUCUGAUGGAAACCUGCAACAGAAAAAGGCUAGGAAGGUGCGUCUAUUAGAUGACAUCAUGAGAAGUGAGGAGUUGCGCUCAUCUGGUAAGUUUCAUAUCUCUGAUGGUAAUGAAGAGGCCAAUCAAAUCGAGGACAGAAUUGAUAGAAGGCCACAUUUAUCGAGAAUGAAAGAUCGACAUUUUGGUACUGAAAUUCAUCAUACUUUCCCAGAAACCAAAGUGAAGUCUUGGAAGAGGAAAUAUAUAGAUCUUGAAAAUGUAGAUGAUGGAUCGUCUCUAAUGCACUGGCUAGAAAAUGCGCGUGAGAAAGUAAAGACAAACAACAGAUAUAGAGAAAUCAAGCACACUGAUGCUGCAGCACAUGCAUCAGCUGAAAAUAAUGUAAUGCAUAGCCUCAAAGCCUCUGGGGCCAAAGAACACAAGCAAAAUGCUAUUGCACGUAUAACGCUUAAUGCAAUGCAUCAGGGCUACCUCUUGCCCCAACAAGAAGAUAAGACUAACAAGGGCAUUGUGAUUAUCGAUGGUAAAGCAACCAAACGAAUGAAUGCCAAAGCAAUUCAUUCCAAGUCAAAAAUAACAACAAAACCUGGGAGGAACUUGCUUCAUGGUCCAAAAACUUAUCACAGCACCAAUGAAAAGGUCACCUUGAGAAAGAAGAAAAAGAAGGAACAUCAAACUGAAAAUGAAGAAUCUUCCCAGAUAUACUUGUUAAAGGGGCAAAAAAAUGUUACAGAAGAGCAGGAAACUACACAGACAUGCGAGCGGGGAGCUUUAGAUGACAUCCCAAUGGACAUUGUUGAACUCUUGGCCAAAAAUCAACAUGAAAGACGGCUGAUGAAUGCUAAGGCUUCAACGGUGAGUACACAUAACCUAUUGGAUAGGACUGAAGUCAUGGGGGAUAAUCAUGUUUUGAAUGUCACUGAAGGCUAUGGGGACAAGGUACUGGAUGCAGUACAUAAGAACCUUUUCCAGCAAAAUUCUCUGAGGAAUAAUGCAGGAAAUAGUGUUUGGACUGCUCUGAGAAAUGACAAGAAUGCUGAUGAAAUCAUGGAAGAUGACUAUGCUACGAGCCAUGGUAGACAAAAUGAUCACAGAAAUCUAAAUCAAGAAGAGCUUAUCAGUGCCACUGCAGGGUCCCUAAUGCCUUUGAAAUGUAGAGGUCAUGCUAGACUUUGUAUGAUGGAUACAAAGAAAAAUUGCCAUUCACAAUAUCACAGCCAGAGGAAAGUGGGGUUGCAGAUGUUAGAAUCAUGUCAUAAAAAUGCCCAGGGCAAAUCGCCCGUGCUAUUAGACAGAACCACCUUAGGAAGCAAUACUCAAAAGGUCCAUGCUGGUUUGAAUCAUAUGAAUAUGUUUGGCCAUAAUACUUUACUUCAAAAAAACCCAAAGACAGUUUCACUCGAUAUUGAUUAUUCGAAAAAAGUGGACCAAGCUAAAAUUCACCUCCAAAAUAGGAAAGAGAGUGAUUCAGCAGUGACAUCUUUUGUAGAGGCAGGAAAUGCAUGUGAUUUAGAAAUGGUGAGGCCGCACGAUCUAUAUACAGAUGAAAACAUACCAGCAUUGUACUUGCUUGGGCUAAUGAAUUCAGCGAAAUGGUCAAGUGCGUUUCUUCAAGAUCUGCCACAUGCAAACCAUAAAGGAUCUCAUCAGGAGUUUUAUCUUUGUUGUACUGAUCAAUGUAAAUUGAUUGACUUACAACCCAGCGGUAAAAGUAGUCAGGCUGCAAAGCCUUCAUUGACAGUUCAACACCCUCAUCAAGUUCAGCAUCAAGAAAUUUCUUGCAAACCAUACCGUCCACUUCCAAGAGUUGGUGUUUUGGGGUCUUUGCUGCAGAAGGAAAUCACAAGCCCUUUGGACGAUUCGAGAACUCAAUCUGGUUUCAGAAUCAGAUAUUCUAACAAAAUGAAAUCUCUUGAAGCUAGUAGAAAGGAAACUUCUGAACUUUCGUGCUCCAAAAAUCGGGCUAGAGUUCCGAAUGCCCUAAGCCCUAUUUCCAGAAACAAGAAUUCUAAAUGCCCUUUUUCUGUUGUAAAUUCUAAUGUGCAUCCUGGAUGUUCUUCUGCAAGGAAUGACAAAAUUGGUGCAGAGAUGAGCAGCAAAAGAGCAGCAGUUCAGCCCCUGAGUAACUAUUGUGAAAAGGAAAUAUGCAUCAUUAACAGAAAUCCUGCCGACUUUACCAUAUUUGAUGAGGCCAAUGAAUAUAUCAUAGAGAGUGAUAAUAUGCACACGAGACAUACUACCCCCACUGAGAAACCACAGCGUAUAUUUCAUCCUGAUGGACAGAAAAUCCAUAAAGUGAGGAGAUUUACUGCUCUAAAUGGGUUAAUGAGAAGCUGAUUUCUUUUUUGGGGCAGAUCCUGAUGUCAAGCAUUCUUCUAUUCACUGGAACCCCUCAAAAGAUAUUCUGAAGUUGAGGUAAGAUUUCUGUUUCUGCAAACUUUGACCCUCCAAGUUGUAAGGUAGGUUUUGAGCUAUAGAUUGAUGUAAAUUGGGUAAGUUGAUCGAUAGGACUAUUUGCUGAUUCUGGUAUGCAUGCUUCAGGCUUGGUGCUGUAGGUGCAGAGAAGAACGCGGUCAGGAGAGCAAUAAUUUAUCAUGUUCUUUGACCUCAAAGUUUUCAGCUGUCAACGUUGUGGCUGACCUUUAUCUCUUGGUUCAUGUGCAAAAAAAUAAUAAAACUGGGUGUCAGUAGUCAAUCUCAAAGAGGAAACAAUCAACUCUUGUGAUCAUAAAUUGGGUCAAGUAGGGAUCAUGGACAUGGAUCCGUCUGUCUUCUCCUGCUGUAUCUAAUAUACUGGCUCAAAGCAUUUCAAAUGUGAUCAUGACUUUUUCAUGGGUACAUGUAUAUUCUAUGCAAUAUGUUAGUAGCCCUCUAAGUUAGAUUGUCUGUUGUAAGUGUUGGAUCCAAGUAGGAUAAACUUAUCGAUCUGAAUGAUCUGUUCUUUUUAUCAGAUAUUUCCUCACAAUAAGGGGAGGAAAUUUGAGGUGAAA